UCCAGCCACUGUGGUACCAGUCCAUUGCAGGAGCCCUGUAGUCCCAUUAGUGCCUCAGGGUUUAGCCCAAAGGGACACCUUGACCAUCUGGCUGCAGGAUUUCGCCGGCGCUGCCACACUUUGGACAGCCAACUGCAUAGCUGCCACUCUGGAGUUGAGCACAUAGACCGCAGCCAGGAAAGGGUUCCUCGCUUCAUGGCAGGAGUUACACGGAUGGCUCCAAGUUGGCGCACCCCUGCAGCCCCCUUAAACCAGUCGUGUGAGGCAGAUAAUCCCUCACCAUCUCUGCUGAGGCCCUGCAUGACUUCUGACUUGGCUCAGGUCACACUCAGAAUGGAGCCUGAUGACCGUCAGGGGACAAACAAUGGAAGGACCACACCAACUGUCCUCAGAAAUGCAGCUGAGGCACAAGCCAACAAGACAGGUAAAAAAGAGGAGACCCAGAGGCGAGCGCUGGCUCUGGAGGACAUGCAAAGGUGUCUGGAGGAGGAGCAUUCCUUGCAGAUGUCUCUCCUCCUGGCUGAGCAGGAGAAAGAUCAACAGCACCUCUGUCUGGAGCUCGAGGACACAGAUAGAAGACUGAAGGAGCAGGGGUGUGUGCGGCCUUUGAGUGGGGAUGCUUGUGGGUGGAAUUGUAGGUCCGUGAGUGACAGCCGUCCUGUUGUGAGCCCUUCCUGCCCAGGACUAAGCCUUGAACACACACCAUCUGAGCUAUCACCUAUACACAGUAUAGGUUUUCCCAGUCCUGUAAGUUCCAGUGUGUCCUCUCCCUCUGUCCAGCCUCCCGUUUAUCUGUGGGGACCCACAUGGGCAGUUAGCAAACCUCGAGCGAGGCUAAGUCUGGUUAUGACAGCAGAGCAGCAGAGAGCCUUCUGUCGAAUUGGCGCCAUCAUUCGUGGCUUCCUCACUCGCAGACUGCUGAAAACAGAGAAGGUCAAACACCUGCGACAGACCAUCCUGGAUACACAGGAGUUCAUCCGCUCCUUCCAGACAGAAGGUCCACAGAAGAGAGGCCCCUGCUCUGCACAAGAUCGCUCCCUGCAGGAGAGAGUUAGAGCCCAGUUACGUGCAGCCCUUUAUGACAUCCAUGACAUCUUCUUUGAAAUGCCCCUCUGGGAUCGAUUAGCAUUGCUGCAGCAGGACAGGGAGCUCCGAGCAGAGAGGAAGCUGCGAGACAUGGAGAAAGCCAAGGGCCCCAAGGAGAGAGCGGUUCUGUCUGCUGCCACACAGAGGUCUCUGGACAGGAAAAAGAGGGUCGGUGAAUCCCCAUCAAUGGCUAGAAAGAAGCAGCAGAAGCCAAAGAGCCCCACUACUAACAGAGUCCUGAAGCCAAACCAAGGCCAAAAUUCUCCUGUGCCAGGCCAGCUGAACCGCCAGGGGAGCUGGUACAGAAAGACCCCAGAGGAGAGAGUGAGGCGCUCAGAGAGCUUGAAGAAGCAGCACUCUCUGGGUUAACAGAUCACUCAACUUCCCCCGACCUGUGAACUUUGAUUUUUUAGUCUUUGAAUACAAACCUUGCCCCACUGAAAGUCCAGUCUGUGCUGCUAAUGUGAUUGUACCAUCUGGAACUCAAAUGAUUGUAUUCACUACCAUACUUAAGCUCACUGGUAUACAUCAUCACUAUGUCACUGUGUUUUACUGUUGUAGCUGAAAAGAGCUGAACUGAGCACACAUCUCACAGGGAGCUUGAUAUUGUCUGGUCGACACAUUUUACACUUUAAAGAAGUGAAAAGAAAGUAAGUCUAUUUAAAUGCAAGCUAGAAGAACUUCAGAGUUAAAGGAAAAUAAUUUGUAUCCGUGCCGAAGAGCAUUGCCUUUGCUAUCUGCAGCAUGUUAGCAUGCAUAUAUUUACCAUGUUGUGUUCAUAAACAUCUAGUGCUUAUAGAUGUAAGAGAAUUUACAAAAUGACUUUCAUGCUGACAAUCACAUGAAAGUAUUUAGGUGAGUAUAAUACAUGAAUUAGACUUGUUUUGUUCAAGGGCUUUAAGUACCUGUUUGUGCUUUGUUUCUGUAUUAAAUGGUGCUGAGUUUACAUUACUCUGAGGCAUUUCAGUGUUUCAACAUUGGUGAUAUUUCUUUUUACACAGUGGCGCACUGUUACAUUAAUGUAGCUUCACACAACAGGAGAUGCACAGCAACACUGAGUUAAACUAAAUUACUGAGACGAUUGAGUCAAAUUCUCUGUAAGUUUUCCCUCAUUGUCGACUGCCAUGUCAACACUGAGGGUCAGACUAAAUAUAAGAAUAUAUUGUUGUUAAGGAAUUGGUACACCCACUAGUUCACUGUGAUACCACACAGACAUCAUUUCUACAUCAAAAGUAUUCAGUGUCUUGAUGUUGUUUGAUGACAUUGCUGUACUCUCUCUUUAAAAAAAAUAAAAGGGACUUUUUUAUGUU